AUGAAAACUCGUGAACGAACUACCAAUUCAAUAUAUAAUACUAGAAUAUUAUUAAAUCAAAUAAUAGAUCUGUAUAUGUUAAGAAGAACACCAAUCCCCAAAGAAAAAAGUAAAGUAAUCAAGAAAUAUUUAACCAAAAGAGAUAGAAACUCAAAAUCUAAAAAGAUACCAGAUAAUUUUAUUAUCUCUAAAGAAAUCCCUAUAGAUACAGACAAAAAAUUAGAUGAAAUCUCUGAUAAUACUAGUGAUGAUAUCAAAUUAUCUACCUGUAAUACUUGUACAAAAAGGAAAUAUACAUACGUCGAUAUGGAAACACAGACAGAUACAAUUACAUAUACCAAGACAAUAGUACAGAUGACCAAUGAAUAUUCAAUUUUUGAUUGCAUUGAUAUAGAAGCACAAACAGAUAAUGUCGAGACAAAG